AGCAGCACCGCCGCAGCGCCGAUCGCCCAUCGCCGGCCAUGGGGUUUGGCAGCCCGCCGGCCUCUCGCGCCCCGCCGCUGCGAACUGCUCUAUAUGGCUUAAAUGGACAUCAAAGUAUGUUUCUCAGCUGGAAUAUACAUCCCCUAAUGAUCUGAUCCUUGGUGAACUGUCUACAAGGAAAGAAAGAACACGGUCUGCUUUUUACAGUUUGGGUCCUGCACAGAAGACCUGGAAUGUGAAAGGAUAAGGAUCUGUCUUUGUUGAAGCCAUAGUGGGAGAGAUUUCCAAGCACCGUGAAUAGGGAAAAGAAAUACCCAGCUCUGCCUUUUUUUUAAGCCAUUCUGGGAAAAACGAAUCUUUUUCCCCUAUGGACAGAGGUACUGCAAUUGUAGGUAUAGCCUAGGCCCCAGGUGGUGAGCAGCCCCGAGAGGACUAGCAGCAGCCUGUCUGUGUUGCCUUAGCUUUCCCCCCACGUCGUGCUCCACCAGCACCAAGAUGGUCACUGUCAGGAAAAGGAACGUGAAGGUCUUCACAUUCGCCUUCGUGCUCAUCACAGUGACGUCGUUCCUGCUGAACUACAAGCAGCAGGUGACCAUGACCACUUGGGAUCCUAGAUACAUCAUCACUCAGUUUUCUGAGCAAGUCCGAAAACUCAUCAAAUUUCCUAGGAGGCCGUGUAGCUGUAGCACCUGUAUUUCCGAGCUGGGACAUUCCCUCUGGUUCGACCAGAGGUUUAACUCAACUAUGCAACCUUUCCUGACCUCACAAAAUGCCUUGAUCCCAGAGGACAACUACAGGUGGUGGCUGAAACUGCAAGGAGAGAAAUCUCCGAAGAAUAUUAAUGAUACUCUCAAGGAAUUGUUUGGGAUCAUUCCUGGGGACGGGGACCCACUGCAGGAGCGGGGCACUUUCUCAUGCAGACGGUGUGCCGUCGUGGGCAACUCCGGCAACCUUCGUCAGUCUCAGUAUGGCCAAGAUAUUGACUCCCAUGACUUUGUGCUCAGAAUGAACCGGGCACCCACCAUUGGUUACGAAUCAGAUGUUGGGAGCAAGACCACCCACCACUUUGUUUAUCCUGAGAGCUACAGAGAGCUGGCAGAAAAUGUGAGCAUGAUUGUGAUCCCCUUCAAAACCCUGGACCUGCGCUGGAUUGUCACCGCUCUCACCACAGGCACUAUCAACUUCACAUAUGUUCCUGUUCCACGGAAGAUCAAAGUCAAAAAGGAAAAGAUUCUGAUUUACAAUCCAUCUUUUAUCAAAUACGUCUAUGAAAACUGGCUUCAGAAUCAUGGGAGAUACCCUUCCACAGGCCUUCUUUCUGUGGUAUUUGCACUCCAUGUAUGCGAUGAGGUGAAUGUGUAUGGUUUUGGAGCAGACAGCAGAGGACACUGGCAUCACUACUGGGAAAACAACGCUUCAGCUGGGGCUUUCCGACAGACAGGUGUCCAUGAUGGGGAUUUUGAGUUCAAUGUAACUUUGACUCUUGCCUCCAUUGAAAAAAUUAAAUUUUUCAAGGGCAGAUGACCCUAGCCACAGGGACAAGUAGGGGCUGCAAUUUCCAACAUGCAGCAGCACAAAGCUCAGUGAAGAUGAUCUGGAUGUCAGCCAGGUUUGAAGGUGUGAAUCUGGAAUGGAUUCGGAGUGCUGC